CACCUUUGGGGAGCAGCUUUAUUUGGGGAAUCAGAAUCUAUGAAUUUGUGGUAAGCACGAAGAAUUGGAUACUUUGCUUUGGUGCUGCUGGAUGAGGAGUUUGGUUUGGCUGUGUGCUUCUUGGCAUGCUUUGGACUGCUGGGAGAGAUGAAGGAUGGGUAAAGCUCGAUAUUCCAAAUCCCUUGGUGGGACUGUGUCUGAGUGCAGCCUUAUGUUUCACAAACAGAAAGCUGCCUUUGGAACUGCCCUGCUCUGUCAGGGAGAUGCCAGCCCGUGACCUGCCUGUGUCCAGCCUGGGGCCCUGGCAAAAAGUCAGGCAGAUGGUGAUGGUGCUGGGAAAAGCACUGGGCUGCCAUCCAGAGCUAUUUGCAGAGCUGCUGUGGGGUCUCAAGUGGCUCUGAUGUGUGUGUCCCCUCUCCUGGGGGAGCUCAGGACAGGGACAGUGCUUGGGACCUUACUCCAGAGAGACUGUCAUCCCUUCAGCAUUGUGACAAAGUGGGAACUCAGCAAGGGGCUGGUACCUAUGGGGAUGUGAUUACCCACAGGAAUUCUCUUUUUAGUCCAGGCCAAGGAAGCAGGAAAAUAUGGCACCAGUGGGGAGAGUCUGGGGCCAAGCAGCCCAGGGACCAGCAGCCAAGGAUGCCCCUGCUGAGGGGCCUGAGCCGUGGGCAGGCAGAGGAGGCUCAGCCACACUACUGAUCUCCGCCAGCUUCCAGCUGCCUCAUUUCUCCAGCAGCAAAUGCCAGUGUGUGGAAGUGAUGCUCAGCCAGGCUUUUUUCCUGCCCAGCACAGUUUUCUAUAUCCUUCCAGCCCCCUCCCCAUCUUGCUGUAGGGAAGCUCAGCCACUUCCAGGAGCUCCAAGUGUCUAGCCUCCAGCUCUGGGCACUUUCCUGGCCAAAGAGCACAUAUAAACUAUAAAUCCCCCAUCUGGGUCUGAGUGCAGUUACAGGACUGGAAAUACAGGUUCUAUUUCCCGGGGGAGGCAGAGGAGGGCUUGCCUGCCCCAGAGGAGUGGAGCCAGCCCCAGAAGGUGAGGACGUACAUGCCAUUCCAGAGGGCAUCUCUGUCACUGGACCUCCUGCGGCCAUGUGUGGCCUUCACCUGAAGAGCAGAGAGGGCACAGCACUGAAGCCCUGCACCCCUGAAUCCCAGUGGCGUGAGUAGGGAUGUGGGUUGCCCUGAGAUUAGCCCUGAUGUGGGAGAGAUGAGAUAUUCCAGGGAAAAUAGAUCAGGGAGGGCUCAAGGCUCCUAUACAUGAAGUUAUGCCUGUAAGGCUGAAGACCUUGACCAGCUGUAGUGCAUGGACUUACAUGAGGUUUUACAGGGUGGGGUUUUGGGUAACACGACACCCCCCUCCAGGGAUUUCUCCCACAUUCCCAUGCUUGGGCUUUUCCUGACUGAAAUCCAGUAUGAGCUGGGCCCCAAUGACUGGUGUAGGAUGCAGGGGGCUGCGAGCAGCCAGGGGGAGCGGGAGGCCUGGCAGCCAUCCCGGGUGAGACGCAGGCGCCGGGAACCGGCUCGGCACGGCUCGCGGCUUCCGGCUAACGGCUCCUGCUCCGCUUCCCUCCCGGCUCCCGGCUCCGCGGUGCUCAGCACCGCUGGGGCUGCAGCAGGUGAUGUUACUUGGAGACUCGGGCGUGGGGAAAACCUGCUUCCUGCUCCAGUUCAAAGACGGGGCCUUUCUCUCCGGGACGUUCAUAGCCACCGUGGGCAUAGAUUUCCGGAACAAAGUGGUGGCCGUGGAUGGUGUGAAGGUGAAGUUGCAGAUCUGGGACACAGCAGGACAGGAGCGUUUCCGCAGUGUCACCCAUGCCUACUACCGGGAUGCCCAAGCCCUGCUCCUGCUCUAUGAUAUCACCAGCAAGAUGUCCUUUGACAACAUCCGCGCCUGGCUGACGGAGAUCCAUGAGUACGCCCAGAAGGACGUGGUCAUCAUGUUGCUGGGCAAUAAGGCUGAUGUGAGCAGCGAGAGAGCUGUGAGGACGGAGGAUGGAGCAUCACUGGCUAGGGAGUAUGGAGUGCCUUUCAUGGAGACGAGUGCCAAGACAGGCAUGAAUGUGGAGCUGGCCUUCCUGGCCAUUGCCAAGGAGCUGAAGCAGCGCGCGGUGCAGCCGCUGGAUGAGCCCCACUUCCAGAUCCACGAUUACAUUGAGUCACAGAAGAAGAAAUCCAGCUGCUGUGCCUUCUCCUGAGGGUGGCCCAGAGGAGCUGGCAGGCCUGGGGGCCCAGGUGUGAAGCAGAGCAGGGCCCCAUCCUGCCCUUAAGCACCAGAGGGAACCAAGCUCUGACAAGCCAAGGUGGAUGGCACAGUACAGUGGAGCAGAGUGCAUGAGCAGGGCCCUUGUCCUGGUGCCAGGAUUCAGAUCCUGCUGCCCUGCAGAGCAAUGACCUCUGUGCCACCGUGGGAAUCACUAUGGUGUGGUGACUGCCAGCCUGGCCAGCAAGCCAUGGUGAUCCAUCACCUCUACCACCUUAGCAGGGUGCAGGACACAGCCACACACCUCACUGAGGGACCCUUGGAGCAGUUGGAGGAGCUGUGCCAUGGAUGAGCCCCCCUGCAUCCCCCAGUCCUGUCCUCCCUUGCAGCUAUUCCUGCUCACAGUGCUGCUGUUGUCCAACUGGAAGGGCCUGGUCCAGCCCCCACAUCCCAGGUGCUGCCAAGCUCUGGCUUCCCUCCAAGGAACCUCAGCUCUGUCCCCCCGGGCUGCCCCACAUCCCAGUGCCCACGCUCGGCUGUGGCUCCUCAUUUCUGCAGUUGCUGCCAAUGGCUUUUAUCCUCCUGCCACCACAAAUGCAAUGAUGUCCCCAUUGUAUCCUGGCUCUGCUCGAGGGAAGGGCUGGAAUGGGAAAGGGUCCAGCUAAACCUGCUCCCUGCCCACACAGCUGAUGUGAGAAAUAAAAUUCCCCUGGGAACAUCCGAGCAAUGCUUGGGGCACUUCUGGUACACACAGCAAUUUGGAAAAAUUUUGCUUCCCCCAUGUUGUAGCCACAGAAAUUAGAGAAUUUUUUUUUUCAAACAAGAAAAGGCUUUUUCAUUUCAAUGCCUCCAGACUGAACCAUCUCCAACCUCAUGCAGGAGAUGCCCAUGAUAGAUAGCAUCACCUGGGGUGAUGCUUCAGCCUUGCCUCCUCCCAGGCCAGGCUGGGUUUCUCUCCCAUCACUGUCCAUGUAAUACAACUAUGCCUUCCUGCUGCUGGCAAAUAGCAGCUGGAACCCACUUUCAGGCAUCUUUCAGAUGCCUGAGAGCCUUCAGCCAGCAAACUGCUCCGUUGGGCACUGGUGGGGCUCAGGGACAUCCCUGAUGUGCCCAGCUGAGCUCUGUUGCUCCCUCGAGCACACUGUUCACUCCCCUGAGCUGUCAGAUGGAGAAUAUUUGGUUGUGCAGCUGAAGCACUGAUGCAGAGAGCAGCUGUGGAGGGUACAACACUGCACAUAGGAAUCGGGGACUGUCCAGCACAUCUGUCCCCAUCAGCAUCUUCCCUGGCCCUGCACCUGACUGCUCGUGUCUCACCUGCCCCGGUGCCUCCUUCACUUAUGCUCUGCCCCUGGGUCUCUCUUUGCAAGUUUACAGAUUAAAGCUGAGUAUUUUUUGAG